AUGUUCGAAGGUGGUUUUCGAGAGGCCCAAGAGCAGGCAGUGAACCUAAAAGAAAUGGAAGGGGUCGUCUCUAGGCGGAGUCUUGAAACACUCUUUCAAUGGCUAUACCUUGGUUGUGUCAAGUUUGAUAUUGAAGGCCCCAGCAAGCGUAUUUCGGCCGCUAUCGAGCUCGCAAGACUUGCGGACAAGUACGACAUCACCAAGCUGGAAUCUCAGACAGCAGAGUACAUCAAGGAAAUCAUUAUUGCUAAUAUACCUCCUGGCGAUAAAGAAAAGUUGACCCCUAGCAAUAGCAACACCCAUUUGCUGGAGGAAGAGGACAUUAUUUCGGCAAGUCUCUUACGCGAUGGACAUCCAGUACGCCAUCUUCUAGCCGCAGCCUCAGUCAAAGGGUAUCUCCAGAGCAAAGAUCACCACUUCCCAAACCCAGCUCAAGAAUGUCCUAAAUUUGCAGCUGAUCUUCUCCAUGAAGUGAGGCUAGCACUGAACACUCUGAGACCCCGUGCUGCUUUCACAGACCCUAUUGGCGGGGAACAAUGGUUUGUGGAGAAGGUUUGA